AUGAAACUCCUCCAAGCCUCCGCGAUUGGCCUACUAGGUCUCCUCUCGAGCACGUCUGCCGUGCCGCAGAACACAAAGAGGGACGCCCAGUUCAACGUAGGCCAACCCAUCGACGCCAAUGGCAAGGGCGGUCCAAUCCUCGGAGGCACCAACAACGAAAUCGACAGAGAUAACCCAGAUAACCUGGGCCAGCAGCCGACCGACAACGGUGUGGUCCCGAACCUGAAGUGGAGGUUCUCCGACUCCAAGACCCGGAUCCUGAACGGGGGCUGGGUCCGGGAGCAGGUCAUCCAAGAUCUGCCUCAGAGCCACGACAUCGCCGCCGCUCAGCAGCAUCUUAGAAAGGGUGGUGUACGAGAGCUUCAUUGGCAUAAAGUCGCGGAAUGGGGCUUCGUCUACUCGGGAUCUGUACUCGUUUCGGCCGUGGACGAGAAUGGUAGAUACCAAGCUGAGAAGCUGAACUACGGCGACAUUUGGUACUUCCCAAAAGGAGCUCCUCAUACCAUCCAAGGCCUGGACGACGAGAACGAGUACUUGCUCGCCUUCGACGAAGCCGACUUUGACAAGAUUGGCACGACGUUCAACAUCGUCGACUGGCUGGCUCACACCCCCCGUGAUGUCCUGGCCAAGAACUUCGGCGUCGACCGCUCCGUCUUCGACAAGCUGCCGGCCACCAAUCCAUACAUCUUCAACGGAACCGUUGCGACUCAAAACGUGACCGGAGGCGCCAACGGGUACCUCUCUGGAAACAGCUCGUUCGUGUACCGUACGCUGGAGCACCCGGCCGAGGUUGUCCCCGGGAACGGCGGCGAGUUCCGAAAGAUCGAUUCGACCAAUUUCCCAAUCAGCAAGACCAUCGCCGCGACCUUUGUCACCUUGAAGCCGGGCGGCUUGAGAGAGCUGCACUGGCAUCCCAACGCCGAGGAGUGGCUGUACUUCCACAAGGGCGAAGGCCGGGCAACGGUAUUCAUCGGAAAUGCGGCAGCGCGGACCUUCGACUUCUCAGCUGGUGAUACGGCCGCCUUUCCGGACAACUCUGGACACUACAUCGAGAACACGUCCGACACCGAAGACCUGGUUUGGAUUGAACUGUACAAAUCAGACAGAAUUGCGGAUGUUCCUCUCACGCAAUGGCUUGCUCUGACGCCGCCGGAAAUCGUAGCCCAAACUCUUAAGGUUCCGGUUGAGUUUGUCGAGCAGUUGAAGAAAGAGAAGCAGAUUCUGGUCUAG